AUGAGCAACUUCAGCAUCCAAAAGGGCGGCACGAUGCCCUUCUACUUGGGAGGAAAGGCCAUGAAACCCAACUCUGGUCUCAAAGUAAUCAACAAAUACACCCAAGAAGAAUUUUGCACCGUUCCUCUCGCGGAUGAGUCUCAUGUCGAAGAAGCCACCGCCAUUGCCGCUACGGAAGGAGCCAAGAAGAUGAAAGCACUUCCUCCCUACGUUCGGCAAGAAAUUUUAAUGAAUGUCGCCGCCGAGGCCACGAAACGACGUGAUGAGUUUGCCUAUUAUCUGGCCAUUGAAGCGGGAAAACCCAUUGCAGAUAGCAGGGGUGAAGCCGACCGCCUGAUUCAAACCUUUCAGCUGGCUGCUGAAGAAGCAACUCGCAUUGGUGGAGAGUACUCGAGUCUCGAGAUAGCUCCUCGGGCGAAGGGAUACUCUUCCAUUACCAAGCGUGUGCCCAUCGGGCCAGUCUCACUCAUAUCUCCAUUCAAUUUCCCGCUGAACUUGGCAGCACACAAGAUUGCUCCUGCUAUUGCUGCUGGCUGUCCCUUUGUGUUGAAACCAGCUUCCAUGACGCCUCUCGGAGCUCUCUUGUUGGGGGAAAUCCUGGCUGCUGAUCCGCAAAUGCCACCCGAAGGCUUUAGCAUUCUCCCCUGCAGCCGACAGGCGGGGAACAUACUCACGACAGAUGAACGCUACAAGCUCAUGAGUUUUACGGGAUCUCCCGAAGUCGGAUUCGCCCUCAAGGCCAAAGCUGGCAAAAAGCCUGUUAUUCUAGAACUGGGUGGUAACGCCUUUUGUCUGAUUGAUGAUGAUGAUGUGGGCAUGGCCACCAUUGUUGAGGAGGUCGUGCAUGGAGCGUUUUAUCAGUCUGGGCAGAGUUGCAUUAGCAUCCAGAGACUGCUGGUGAAUGAUGGAAUCUAUGACCAGUUCAAAGCUGCUCUCGUCGAGAAGGUAAAAAGUCUCAAGAUGGGUGAUCCCAUGAACGAAGAUACCUUCAUUGGCCCAUUGAUCAAUAGCGGAGCUGCAGAUAAGGUUGAGUCAUGGGUGAAAGAAGCUGUGGACAAAGGUGGCAACCUUUUGUGUGGCGGCGUGCGCUCUGAGAGGAACUUUGUAUCCCCUGCCGUUGUAGAGAAUGUUCCGCAUGAUACAGACCUUGCCCGAGACGAAGUAUUUGGCCCAGUGGUCUGUCUUGAGCGCUACACUGAUUUCAAAGAAGCUGUCGAGCUGGUGAACGCGUCCAAGUUUGGACUCCAGGCCGGUGUCUACACAAACAACUGGAACAAGGCGCAUUAUGCCUUUGACAACAUUGAGUGCGGUGGUGUUUGCAUCAAUUCCGUGCCUUCUGUGCGUAUUGAUUCUCAGCCCUACGGCGGAGUGAAGGAUUCUGGAAUCGGUCGGGAGGGACCCAAGUUCGCCAUCGAAGACUACACCGAGAUUCGCGUGAUGGUAAUGAAGAAUGCGGGAAAGCUUUAG